AUGAAAAUUGCUGUUGUCGGUCUAGGUGGAACAGGCAGUGCAGCGCUUCGUUUCCUUGCAUGUUCUGGACAUAAUGCUAUUGGAUAUGAACGAUUUCAUAUUGGUCAUGAACAUGGUAGUUCUCAUGGAGAAUCACGAAUAAUUCGUUAUACGUAUCCGGAUGUUUUAUUUACUCAAAUGAUGAGUGAUGCAUAUGAAUUAUGGUUUGAAUUAGAAAAAGAAGCCGAAGAACAAUUAUUAGUUCAAUGUGGUGGUCUUUAUUUUGGUGAUAAUAAUGAUCCGAAUAUUUUGGCUACGGAACAUGCAUUAAUUGAAACUAAUUUACCUUAUGAACGAUUAAAUGCUGAACAAGUAAAAGAAAAACAUCCAGCUUUUCAUUUAUAUCCAAAUGAAACAGCUCUUUAUCAAAAAGAUAGUGGAUUUUUACGUGCAACACGGUGUGUCGAAGCAAAUAUUCGUUUAGCUAAAAAAUAUGGCGCAAUCGUUCAUGAAAAUACAAAAGUCUCAGAAAUAUAUACAAAAAAUGGUAAAACAUUUAUUCAAUCAUCUUUAGGUGAAGAAGAAUAUGAUCGUGUUAUUGUAACUGCAGGCCCAUGGAUGAGUUCUUUAUUUAAAUCUUUAAAUUUACCAUUAGUUCCAACUCGACAACAAGUUGUUUAUCUUAAUAUAAAUGAUCAUGAUGAAUAUUUUAAAGCCAAUGGAACAUUUCCUGUAUGGAUUGACACAACAGAUAAUCUUUACGGUUUUCCAAGUGAUGGUCAAAUAAUUGGAAUUAAAUUAGCAUUUCAUCAUCGUGGUGAAGUUAUAUAUGAUUUAGAUGCUGAACGAGCUCCAGUUGAUGAAAAUUAUAUACAAGAAAUUCGUUGUUAUGCUAAAAAACGUUUUUCAAAUUUAGGUUCCAAUGUAACUUACGGUCAAACAUGUGUUUAUACAAAUACAUCUAAUGGAGAUUUUAUUAUUGAUCGUGCAACCAAUCAACCAAAUGUGUUUUUAGUUAGUGGCUGUUCUGGACAUGGUUUUAAGUUUACAGUUUUAUUAGGAAAAAUCAUUUCCAUGAUGGCUACAGACGAUAAUGGAUAUAAAAGAAAUUUAGAUCGAUUUAAAAUUAAUGAACUUUGUAAAGCAAUAUUUAUUCAAAAUAGUCUUAUAUCAACAUGGACAAUAAUAUAUUCAAUACGAAUAAUAUUACCAUAUUCUCCAAAAUAUAGUUUUGCUUUUAUGAUAUUUCAAUGUACAGUAACAAUACUUAAUGGUUCAGCAAUGCUUAUGAUGCUUUUUUAUGAAGAUUUUGGCUUAUGUUUAUUAUUGGUACUUUCUUUAUUUUUGAGUAAAUCAAUAUUUAUUGCUGGUCCAACACUUUGCCCAAAGACAUGUUCAUUUCUUGAAUGGUUAUUAAUAUCAAUGGGUUGUAGUGGUUUUUUUUUAUCAAUUAAUCUUCAUUGGUGGUCACAUUUUGAAGAUGUUAUUAAUCGUCCAAUUUAUACUCUUGAUUAUGUUGUUGUUUGUGAAUGUUUGCUUUUGUUUGGUAUGAUUGUAUCGAUUUUACAAAUAAUUCCAUGGUCAAAAGCCAUAACAACUACAACACAAUUUUAUAUUUCAUUAAUAACAAUAUUUUCGAGUGUUUUUCUACCUCAAGCAUAUUUUUUUCUAAAUGAAAAUCCAUUUAUAUGGUUAUUUAAUUAUAUUCUGAAUAAAGCACAUCGAGUUUAUUUAUUAUUAUUUUGGCUAAUUAUAUCAUUAUUUUCAUUAUUAAUUGUUAAUCUUCAUUUGAAAUUUACAAAAAAUCUUAAUAUUAAACAUGAAAAAACAAUAAUAAGAAAAUAUUUUCAUUUUUUAGCUAUUAUUGUUUAUACAAGCGGAAUAUUAUUUGAUACAAAUCUAUUAAUUAUGUGUUCUGUUGCAUUUAUCGUUUUACUUUUAUUAUUAGAGUGCAUGAAAAUAAGAAAUAUUGCUCCAUUAGGAAAUCUUAUACGUAAUGCAUGGAAUAUGUAUGAAGAUGAGAAAGAUACAGGAUCAAUGAUGGUGUCACAUUUAUUUCUUAUUAUUGGUUUAUCUUAUCCAGUAUGGCUAGCUGAUGAUAGUAAACGUCUAGCACAAUUAAGUGGAAUUAUAAGCGUGGGCGUUGGAGAUUCGAUUGCAUCAAUUGUUGGAUCUAAACUCGGUACUCAUAAAUGGCCAGGUACAAAACGAACUUUAGAAGGCUCAUUAGCCGGCUUAUUUGCACAAUUUAUUUUCAUUGCUUCCAUGUGGUAUUUCGGUACGUAA